CCAAACAGGAUCAACAAGAAGGAUGGUAUUGGGCAGAGAGCAUGGAGAGCGCAUAAUGAGCGGCAGAGGAGCGAUAAUAAAUGGAGAACUGGGUGAAGGGAGCGGAGACUGUAUUACAUGGGCGUGAAGGGGGCACAGUGAUUUUGAGGAUGGGAUAUUGGGGGUUAUCUACUAUGUGCAAGUCUGGGUGCCUAGUGCAAAAGUCAGGUCCCUCUCCCGCCCCUACACCUCUUCCUCCUCCUCCGGCUCCAUUUAGCGUAACGUUCAAACACCAUCCCGCCUGAGCUUUCAUACAAAAGCUCUUUAUUUUAUCAAUCUUUGGAAUAAUCCUGAUACAUUGCACAACUUGUAAUCCAGGAGAAUAUGAAAUAAAAGGUGAAUGCUGCCCGAUGUGUACGCCUGGAACUAAAGAUCUCCUCUUUCAGCUCUAAUGUGACUGAAGAAACAUACCCUGUGUGUCACUUUUUACUAGCUUCACUUGUGCUGAAUUAAUUGGAAUGGAACUGAAGAUGUUGGUUGGAUGCCAUGGAAAUCACUUCCAGAAUGGAAAGGUGGUAAGCAAAGAUUGUACAGUCUCUGGCAAUACAGUGUGUGUACCGUGUGUGGAUGGAACUUAUAUGGAUCACAUUAAUGCUGUUCAUAAGUGCCUCAGAUGCAGAGAAUGUGAUUCAGGAUCUGGUCUGACUGUAGAGCAGGAGUGCACCUAUCAAAGUAAUACUAAAUGCAGAUGCAAAGAUGGAUAUUUUUGUCAAAGAAAAGACUGUGAUUUAUGUCAACCAUUAAAACAAUGUAAACCUGGUGAAAGAAUCAAAGAACUUGGAACAUUAUAUUCAGAUACAGUGUGUAAACCAUGCCCAGAAGGAACCUACAGUAAUGAAAACAUGUCAAGCAUUUGCUCUAAAUGGACCAAGUGCACUGAAAUAGGCCUAAAGGAAGAGAAGAGAGGAACAUCAACUUCGGAUUCAGUGUGUUCCAAUAAGGAAAUUAGGGAACGCUACACCAUAGUAUUUCCUUCAAUAAUAAUGAUGAUAAUCAUUAUUAUUAUGAUAAAAUGUAAAAACACAGGAGAUAAACCUGCAAUUAAAACACAAAUGGGAGCAGAUAAUAACACGGCUGAAGCUCGAACACCAGAACAAGAAAAAGGUGGUGGUUGAACUAAAUUGGGGACUUUAACAAACAAGAUAUUAACACGGGAGUUAGUGAGCUUUGAGAACGAUUAGAAUACAAUCUCCCCAGUUCUCCCAGAGUCCUAUUUGAAACUUUUGUCGAUCUGCGGCUAUCCACCACCUCCUGCCACCAGAUGAGCAUGGGUUAGGGAGAAGUGCUGAAACCUUACUUGACUCCUUGUACUCCCAGUAUCUAUUCCUCAACUGCUACUCAGCACUGGCCUUCCCUUCCAGGACCCUACUAGGAGUAGAUGUAAAUUUUGUAAAUUUUGUUUUGAUAGAAAAUUAUUUUUCUCCCUGUUGUUUCCUACUUAAUUUGUAUUUCCUACGUAAUUUGAUAAGUGGCCACAGCACAAACAGAAUACCUGCAGCUGCAGGUACAUCUACAUUGUCUCAUACAUCUAGGAAUAUCAGCAGUAUAGACUAUACAGAAGUAUAACAUUCUGCACAUACUAAGGUUAGUAUUUUAUAGUAAUUUUAUACAAAUUAAUAAGUCCGGCAUAUUUUGUUUCAAGAUAUGAUAACUGCACUAUAAUUAGUCCAGGGUCCAGGACUUUGAUUCCACUAAAGCCACAGUACAAACAUGCCUCCCAGUGCUGGAUUUCCAAUUGAUGCUCCCCUUAAGCCCGCCUCCUCCCAGUUCACAAUAAGCUUGCGCUCUUUCUGGUUGGCUCCUCUACUCCCACAGCAGGUCAUGCAUGUGCGCAUACUAAGUUUACUUGUUCCUUCCUUCAGGAGGCCAUUUAGCAGUUAGAUGGCCUUUAAAUCAUUUUAGAGUGCUCUGGUAUCAGUAUAUCCCUAAACAGACAGCAUAUACAAUUUACUAACUAUGUAACUGGGAAAUCCAGAAACAAAAUACCAGCUAAUGAUAAAUUAGACAAUAAAUCUUUUGGGUAUAUAUCAGGCAAAUUGGCUCCUUCCCAUAGAUACAUAACAUCUAUGCAUAUGUGUUACGUCAGGGGCAGUUUGGUCCGACACUAUAUCUGAUUUGUGCAAGAUUAUACUGAGCUAUGCUUCACCUUAUCAGUGGGUAGAUGUUGCACUGGAAGAUAAACUAAGUAAUAGACAUGAUAGAGCUGAGCAAAAGUGUCCUGUCUGCCAACACUGUUAAAGGCUAAUUGCACUGGAUUCAGAGCUGCCAUAUAAUGUGAAUCUGAAUAAAUUAGCAGAAUUAUACUGUUACAUUCAUAUUCUAUAAAUACAGUAUAUUUUGAGUUGGUCCCUAAGCUCAAGUAAGUGACAGCAGCACAGAGCAUGGGCAGUGAUUCAGCGGAAAUGAAGAUCUUCCCUGCUGAAGGGCUGAGGUUGCCUUGGGCUGGUACAGAAGACCAAAAGAGGGCGAGAUUUAUCAUUGUCCAAGUUUUAUGUUUUUUCAUGAUUUGAGUUUAUUUGUCCAUAAAAAACUUGAAUUUGCAUUAUGUUUCAAAAACUCGAAUGUCUGGUAUCUAUUAAGUGCAACCCCUGCAAAACUCAAAUGUAAAAAUUUUCCAUCUAAAAGUUUGCAGGUUUCUAUAGAAUGCAAUAGGAGUUGUCCUAGGUAAAGUCAAGCCAUAUUUUCAGACUUUAAAUUUUUUAUUUUUAAUUUUCUAAACUCAAAAAAAUUGAAGUAUUCAAGUUUUUUAUUUGAACAAGUUUUCCGAUUUAGAAAAACAAACUUGAAUUCACAAACUCAAGAAUUGAUAAAUAAGCCCAAUAAUUUACAUUUCUAACCUAUUUCUUUAGUUAAGCUUCAGUUCUCCUUUAAUAUUAGACUUAUCAAUCAGUAUGUAUUUGUCUUCUGUAUGUAUAAAGUCUUUAAUAACUAUAUAUAUAUAUAUAUAUAUAUAUAUCAGUCCUUACAAUGUCUGCACUCAAAUGCAAAUAUAUAUAUCGGGGAGUACACAGCCAAGUUUGAUUAUUCACAGUAAAUAUUUCACGAGUGGCACACCCUGUAAAAUGAUCACAAGUUUAUUGCGAACACAUUGUAUAAAAAAAAUCCAACGUUUUGGUCCUCAACCUUUCUAAAGGAUAAUACCUCAAAUACACCCUCAAGACAAACACAGCGGAUAUGUGCCCAAUCCCCAUCAAUAGACCAUUAUGCAAUUAUCCAACCAUAUUGUGAUUGUGUGAUUUCAAAUGGGCCAAAACCUGACCAUCAUCAGUGCAUAUAUAUUAUUUUAAAUUAUUACAUAAAUAAAUCUUAAAACGUA